AUGUCUAGCCUUCAGAACAUCAACUCGGCCACUCUGGGCGUGUCUAUGCCCGAGAUUACCUUGCCUGAUGGCAGCAAGGUUCAAACAGGAACCGUCGGGGCGCUUUUGGUUAAUAUCAAAGCAUACAACCAAGCUCACGCGACACAAGAUAGAGCUUCAAUGGCGCAGCUUGAGCCUGCUAUUAAAGCAGCUAUACCUCUUUUGAGCAAGGUCGGCAUGUUUGAAUUAUUUUCUGCCGAAGAAUGGAUCCAAGGGGAUAAUGAGGGUCGCAAAUUUGUCGGGCGGGCAUAUCUCGACUACCAAAAAGAAGGGCGUGACUGA